GCCCUGGAGGAUGCCCGCCCAGCAGGCUGAGCCACCAAAGCUCCGGGAUCAGGUGGAACAAAAGCCAAGGGAAAGCAGAGUGCUGACAGGGCCAGAGGCCGCUGGCCACGGGGCUAUAAAGAACGGGAGCCACCGAGGAAGCGGCACCAGAUGGAGACCCAGACUGUGCAGCAGGAGCUGGAAUCCCUUCCAACCACCAAGAUGGCUCAAACUAACCCCAUGCCGGGGUCUGUGGGGCCAUGGAAGAUAACCAUCUAUGACCAGGAGAACUUCCAGGGCAAGAGAAUGGAAUUCACCAGCUCCUGCCCAAAUGUAUCUGAGCGCAAUUUUGACAACGUCCGGUCUCUCAAGGUGGAAUGUGGCGCCUGGGUUGGUUAUGAGCAUACCAGCUUCUGUGGGCAACAGUUUGUCCUGGAGAGAGGAGAGUACCCUCGCUGGGAUGCCUGGAGCGGGAGUAAUGCCUAUCACAUCGAGCGCCUCAUGUCCUUCCGCCCCAUCUGUUCAGCUAAUCAUAAGGAGUCUAAGAUUACCAUUUUUGAGAAAGAAAAUUUCAUUGGACGCCAAUGGGAAAUCUCUGACGACUACCCCUCCUUGCAAGCCAUGGGUUGGCUCAACAACGAAGUUGGCUCCAUGAAGAUACAAUGUGGAGCCUGGGUUUGCUACCAGUAUCCUGGGUACCGUGGCUAUCAGUAUAUCUUGGAAUGUGACCAUCAUGGAGGAGACUACAAGCACUGGAGAGAGUGGGGUUCUCAUGCCCAGACUUCCCAGAUUCAAUCCAUUCGCCGUAUCCAACAGUAGUGGAUUAAAAGCUCCAAGUAAGAAUUCCUCAAGCAUGAGACCUUCCUAAACAAUCUAGAAUAAAAUAUCUUCUGCUGAUAUUGCUUCCAAAUGUUAGCUGCUGAAAUCCACAAUAAAUGUCAUUAAAAGAAAAAACCCCAACAACUUUGUAGACUGAAUGCUUUAUAGAAAUCACGUUUACAUGGCUAAGAAUCUUUAAAGACAAGCUUCCAUAAAACCCCAAGUUCCCUUUGGUGUCCUUGCAAGUAAGUCAUUGCCAGACCAAGGAUGAUGAUCCUCUAUUUCAAAGAACAUUAAAACAUAUAACCCAAAUCUAUCAGUCUAUAUAGUGACAGACACAUUUUUGGUAACUGUUUUUGCAUCUUUUUUCUCCUUACUCCCAUUCUAACAUUGAUGCUAUUUUUUCACCUGUGACAGAUCACUGCUAAACAAACUUAGGAAGCUUCUCCAAUUGUCACAUUGUUUAGCUCAAUUUUGGCUUAUUUCAACUGUAAGAACGUAAGGCUCGGUGUCAUGACAAAACACAGCACAGCUGUUCUCACAGAGGUGAUUUUUCCAAGCAUAUGCCAAUUCUAAGCACCUUAAUAACCUGAUUAGGAACUUAUGACCAUGCUAUAUUUAAGCCUUAAAUUAUUUGUACAUUUGACCCAUUUGAAAAAUAUUACCCAUGUCACAAUCUUACCUUAGUGCUCAGUAGAUUUUUUUGAAUUAAAGCACACAAAAGAUGAUAACACAAACACCUUGGAAACUUUAAAAUUUUUUAUUCAACAAUGUACACUUAUUGUCUCUUAAUUUGAUCUACAAAUUUCUCAAGUUUUUUUUUUUUCUGAUAAAAUAAGUCAAUCUGGGUAUGGAUGUAGAGUGCUUGUAAUUUAUAUUUUUAAAACACUGAACAUGAAGUAAGACAUCAAUAAAGGAAGAUCAUCACGUAACUGACACUUCCUUAGAAUCCAUGACAUCAAAAACAGCUAUGGCAAAUACCUAAGCGUUUAGCAAAAGAGGAAAUCUCUGGCCACUGUUCUUAUAUCUAGAAAAGGCCUAUCUUUUUGACUGGGCAAAACAAACACUGAAAGAACAUUUUUUAAAUUGAGAGAAGGAAAGGAAAAAAUCCUCUCAUAUACUUGUAGCCCACUAAUUGUCCUUUCCCCCAGAUUAAGAGGUAACAGCUCCUAAAUGCUAACGCACACAACACACAGAAAUUACUGCGCUCCUCCAAUACAUUCCAAGACUGAACAUGUGAACUACUGACAGAUGCUAAGGAGUAGCCAUGACCAUCAGAGAUGAUGCUAUACUCCUGCAUUCACGCCUUUUACGGCCAUGCAUUAUGGGCCACCUUUUGCAUUCUGACUAGUAGACUUCAUUUUUAACUGUCACUUCCAGGCAAGAUACAGAAGGGCGGGCUUGCUGUGUUUUCAGUCAACAACGUACAUUAAGAGCAUACUUGAUGAUAGAGAAGGUAAUCCUCUUCUAUACAAAGGAAAAACAUAAAACGGAAAUAUUUCUUUUAUAUCUAGGAGCAAGGGGAAAAUACCAUUAGUAUUAUCUCUACUUAAACAUAUUAGCCUCUUCUACGAAGGUCCAAAAGAAAAUAAAAAACAAUCUUUCAAAAGAUGAUUUGACAAAACCUGGCCAGUACAUCUACACAAUCCUUUAAGUACACAAACAUGUGAAAUAAAGCUAUUUAGUACAUGCAGACUGCAGCAAUGAAAUCAAAUCAGCUCAGUUUCUAAACUUGUUCUAAUCAGCUUGGGCAGUUUUAAAGAGAUACACAUCUUUAACUUGUGCUUUGAUCUUUAAACAACUGAAUAAUUCUAAAUCUCAAGUCAAUCAUUCAGUAAACCAAAAUUUAUGCUAAAGCAAAGGUAAAAAGUUCAUCCUACCUUUAAACCAGGUUUAAGACAUAAAAUUGUCACAAAACUCCAUGUGGCAAAGGUCCUUCCUUCAUUUCAGUUUCAACCACUUUUAAUUUCUACUUGAUCAAAUAAACCAAAAUUUCAUUGGAGUAUCCAACAGUUUGUAAAGCUGAUAAAACUGCCCUGUUUAAAAAAAAAAGCCCUUUAGCAGACACGAGUCAAGCUCUCAUUUUAAAGUUAUGUUAUUAAAAUAGGUGCCAAUUUUUCUCUCUUCUAGUUCCAAUGAUGAACUAACCCAGAACUCUAAACUUUGAGCCAUGUUUCUACAGAUGGUAAAGCUAAGAGCAGCAAAGUAAUAAGGAUAGGUCACUUUUGGUAAUGACACACAAAUUAAACUUUCAAAACAUGUGCAUAGCUUUAUUCAUCUACUUAGAUCUAACCUUUUCAUGGAGCUUCAGCAAAAUUCGAGUGUGCAAAAUGCAUUUCUAAAACGUAAUGCAAGCAAAGCUUUUCACAUUUACACUGGCAGAAAAUACAGAGAAACUAACAAGCCACAGUAGGGAGAGUUCAGAUCUUUUCUUUUUUUAAUGACAAGAAUUGCACAGUUCAUUAUUUUGAGACAAUUGUUGCAGACAUAAAUAUUUAAAAUUUUCUAAGCAAGGUGCUUUAACAAUAAAAAAUUUUAAAGUUGGGAAGAGCCAAUAACUUGGAUCAUAGCUCACAUAGAAUUCCAAAUUAAAGUGGACUCUUAUCUCCAUAGAUUUUGCAAACAAUGCUUUUUGUAACACUUUAUAACACUAAAGGAAACAGCAAGCUGAAACUUUUCAAAGCACACAAGAAGUGGUGUCAUCACAUUACUUGAAGAAGGUGCUGAGCGGGGAGGGAAGGGAAGAAUCUUUUUACUAUUUCCCACUACAGAACAGCCACUAACAGACUAAGAACAAAAUGAAAAAAGAAACAACCAAAAAUGUAACUUAAAUCACUUCCCAGUUUAUAAAACAGUUCCAGUUUGUGACAAGAUCUAUAACUUGAAACAGAGAGCACCAGUUGGGCAAUAGAAUGAACAUCUCAUACUGCAUAAAAAUUAGUGAGGUGGUUAAGAACCAUCAACUAUCUCAGGCAUUGUAACAUGGCCUUUCCAAUUUUAUUAUUUUUUUUUAAAUAUACAUGCAAGGCACAUUGAUAUAAAAAUAGAUCUCUGGCCAACAAAUAUAUUAAAUAAGCAAAUUAAAAUUUUGGCUUUGCAAUAUUGGCAACAUCAAAAUAUAAUCAGAUAGCUUUGGACCACGUAUCUUUCUCAUAUUCCUCCACCCCAUUUGGUGUUAUUCCUCCAUCAUAAUUGGGUUCAAUCUCCUUCAAGUAUGUGCUUGAGAAAUGACUUUUCCUCAUGUCAAGUAGCAUAAGUUUAUCUUUCCUAAGUAAAAAUACACUAGAGAAGCAGGAUAGUUGGUUUUGAUUGAUUUGACUAAACUAAAUCCGAUUGGCUUGGGGCAAUAUUACUUCUCCUUUGUAUACAAACAAAACUCACUCCCCAGUAUAUAUAGCAGACAAUUGUUUUCUUUCUAAAAGGUCAGCAACAAACCAAUACUACUAUUUCCUUUAAGCCAUUCUUCCCAACUUCUCUUUUUGAGGCAGAGGGAAUGACAGAAGCAAAAUUAAGAUUUUCAGUAGUAGAAGACAUUUUAAGGCCAAAAUGUGUAAUACUAACAGAAUAUGUAUUUUUCCUAAGUUAAUAUCCUUCACAGGCCAAUACCAUAAAAAACUUUUUGUACUGAUCUCCUCCCAAAGGGAAUUUUUAAAUCCAAUCACUUUUGCUAGUGGCUGUGCUACAGGAAAGGUAUCAAAGCAACCUAUAAAGAUAUGGUAUAUAGUCACGUAAAAAGUGCAUCACAUUCUUGAUUUUUCAGUUUCUCAUAGCAGCAGCAGGAUUAUUCCAAGACAGAAAAUAGUUGUUAUUUUCAUCCUAAAAUGCAACAAUACCUAAUGAAAUGUAUUCAAUAUCAUGAAAGGAUCUUCCUCCACGGAGGAUAAAUGAAACAGAUUAAUAAGACAAACAGGGGCAAACUAAAGGCAUUCAUUCAUAUUUACAUAUUAAAACCACUUUUGUUAACACCAAAUCUUUACACCUAGCAAAAGUAAUAUUUAAGGAUAAAGCAGACAUUACUAAAGCAGUAUCCAUUUUUGGAGCCUAGUUUAGCACCUGAGGAGAGGGUAUAUGGAAAGCUAUAAUUUACCUCAAGUUGGUUUGUUGGUCUUUAGAAUAAAAUUUCAAUAUGCAAUCCAAGUGAAACUGGACUGGAAAAUAAAUGUUUGCAGCUAUUUUAAUAAGGCUAUAGAAAAGGGAUACUGCGGUAUUAUAAAAUGGCUUUAGAACUCUGGACAUAAACAAAACUUAAUAGGGAAAUACGAAUCAGCAAUCCCAUUUGUGAGGACGGCUGUUUCAUAUAUUUCUAGCCCGGAAUUGCUAUUUGACUCUCCCAGUAAUGCGAAAGCAACAUACCAUUCAUACUUCACUGGGGGUUUUUGUUGUGCAGACAAUUUGAAACUUCUACUUGUAAGCUCCAUCUUGAGUAGCAGAAUGGUGUGAAAUUUAAUUAAAAACCAGUAAACUUUGAGUGAUGUGAAAUUUUGCUUUUGAAUGAAGCCAAUGACUGACUCAUCCUUCUUUAAACCAACCCAUGGUGGUCCUUGUUCUCACACAUCUGAACAGAUUGAGGUACAUUAAAAAAAAAAAAAUUUAAGAUAAUUAGAAGCCCAACUUUCUCACUAUAAAAUAAAAGAAUCCUGGUGCUCUGUCAAUUAGUUAAUGAAAAUAACAUUCUUAUUAAGAACUAAUAACCUAAGGCGUCUCUGCAAACAUAAAGCAGCUUUUCUCCUAGUCUUAUCCUCUGGCCCCUCCCCUUAAACAAGUAACACUUUGGGUGGGGGGGAAGAUGAGAAAAUUCUACCCUUUCUUUUAAAAAUUCAACAGUAAAAUUAUGGGUAGGACUACUGAAAGACACUGCCUGAUCAGAAGCUACAACUGGUGCAGUAUUAACGAACCUGAUCCCAUGUAUUUGUUCCACUAUAGUCUGCUGAACACAGUUAGCACAGGUAUACAAGAGGGAUCAGGUGUUAUUUGAGGAUAUGGCCCAGUGAUAGAGCUAUACUCAUAAUCCUUGGAAAGUGGACUUUUAAUCUAUUUCUAGGACUUGAGGAACAAAGUCUUGAAAUGAUGACUUUCUCCUUGGAGGAGUUUAAAAUCAAACAAUGUUCUCUUCCCAAUUUCCUUGACUGUGGCCAUUUGGUACAUCACAAAUUUCACACUAAAUGGCUUUUUUGUAUUUUAAAAAGUUUACAGCAAAAAAUAAACCCUUAGAUGCCUCCAGGUGGGUUAGCAACAAGCCUAACCACCAAGCACAAAACUACUGCUGCUAUGUAAUGUUUUCUGAAGAAACACAUUUUGUAUUGUGGACAACACUCAUAAUUGAGGCUUGCCAUAUUUCCCCUAGAAACUGUUAUUUGAAAAAACAAUGCAGCACUUUUUUUUUUCCUUUAUAAAGUUUUCACCAAGAUUCUGUGAUUAGGAAAGCAGAUGAUUAAGGAAAACAGCAAAAUUCUAAACCUCUCCAGCCAUUUAUUUCAAGAAAAAACAAACUGGCAUUAACAAAUUCCUAGUUAUUGUCUAUCCCCUCCUAGAAAGUAGAAAAGGAAGUGCUAACUAUAGAUGCUGUAAAUACACUGUAUGUGAAAGCUCAUUACUAAAGUCAGAGUAAAGGCUAUGGAAUUAACUUCAGUUCAUUAAAGUGGGGUGAACGAAGAGAAAGAUAAAUACACCCUGUCUUUUGAGGGGAAGGGGAAUUAUUCAAGACAUCUACGAGAGUGGUAUGUGACGCAGACACCUACAAUCAAGGCAGAUUUAAAAAGAAAUCUUCACCCAUAAUUAGUAUCUUCAUAGCUAUUAAAAAAAUAGGUCAUGAUUUCAUUCUUAGUGCCAUUUUUCAAAUACUACCCUUUUAAGGAUUAAAACCACCUGACUUUAUUCUGUGUAAUGAAAACAAAUGGCACAAAAUAAAUACAAGUUCAUUCUCUGAAUACUAAUAUAAUGUCUUACACACAUUCACUUACUAAUUUUUAAUAUUUCCUUCUCUCAUACACACACAAGCACUCAACACACACACAGACACACACCUUUUCAGUCUUUAUAAUGGAGGGAUGUUAAAAAUCCCCUCUAGACUGUAUUUGGUUUAUGCUACAGUACUAAUACUCUGAGUUGAAGAAAAAUUCUUUAUACCGAACAAUUACACAUCAACGUUAUUUAAAUGUGCUAAAUUAAUCACAGCUGAAGUUUAGAAGCUUACACAAAAUAAUCAGGAAACAGAUCAACUCUUUAAGAUUUUUUUUUUUUAAUAAGUGCUCUGUAAGGAAUUGUGUGAGGACCUAAGAAGAAAGAUUGCGACAAGUAGGGUUAAAUGUUAUCAAACAGCACAAAGGAGAUAUGUCCCAAAGUCCUGCUUGUACCUAGGCAAGUUAAGUCCAUUAACCCAAUGCCCCCAAAAUACUGACAGUUAAUAUGAUGGGGCACUAGGGUUCCAGAAAGUAAAGAGACAUCCCUAACUCUAUACCUCUAACCAUAUAAUCAAGGAAAUUUCAGUGGGGGAAAUCAAAGUGAAAUGUUGCAUUGUUUCAUUUAGAAGUGAGACUCAAAAACCUUUGGACAAAUAUAGAGAAGGGAGACAUUCUCUUUUUGGCUUCUCUAAACAGGGAGGCCUGAGGGAUAUGGAAGGGAAGUAGUAAAGCAACAACAGCUUGUCAAAGAUAUUUUAAAGAUAAACGUUGCUUCUAAAUUAAAAAUUCAGAUGGGGGCUGUUUUUCUAAUUCCUUUUAAAAUAUAUAUUCAUUCAACCUCUGUGUAUCACAAACCCAGAAAGUUUCUUGUGAGUUGUGAGACAGAAGAGCUUUCAUAUACCAGGCAAGCAAAAUGGAUGUUUAAAAAAGGGCUGGGGGGUGGGGAUAGAGGACGAGAAGAGAGGGAGAGAAUCUGGCCCUAAGGCGACAAGUGGUUACACAAGGCAAUUGAACACACAGCAGAACUUUAAAACCUAUAAAACAAACUGGAGCCUUUUUUCCUUUAAUCAACCUUGUAUCUUUUUUUUUAACCUUUUGAAAAUUUUUAUUUAAAAAAAAAAAACACAAAACACAGACUUCUUUCACUUCAGUAUGUGGUAUGAUGCAUUUUCCAGUUUGUUCAAUGCUUUAAAGCUCAAGGAUGCCUCUGCUUUCAAUUGUACAUGGGCCUGAAGCAUCCUAGCUUUUGGCAAGCAGGCAGGAGACUCAACAAAAAUCAAAAUAGAACAAGGCAGACUAAAUGCAGGGCACAUCUGUAAACAUAUUAUACAUUUGAAAAUUACAAUAUCCGUAAAAGUGAUACAGUUUACAGGUGAAAUGAAACUAUCUGGAACUGGCCUACCACAAGUUUCUGAACCUGGACUGAUACAAUAAGUUAUCUUAUAUAUAUAUAUAUAUUAUAUAUAAAAGUUUUGUUUACAUCAAGUGGAAUUGGCAAUCCAUGCUUAUACUUUUAAAAUCUAAGCAGGGCAGAAAUCCAGACUAUAAAGAUAUUUUCUCUACUCUAUGCUGAGUCCAACAGCUUCUUUGACAAACUACUUGUUAAAAGCCUCAAAUAAUCAAACAAAACAAGAAAACUCAUCCAUACUACAGUCGCUCAAAACUGGACAUUUCUUAAGCAAAAGGGCUGAGCAAAAAGUAGCUACUUCCUCCCCAAAAAACCCUGGGGAUCCAGUCUACUUUUAUUAGAAGACUACAUCUCUCUGUAUAAAUACCCUGCUAUUUUAACCUGUAUUUGACAUACAUGGAUAUACUAAUUUCUGUGUUUGUGUGUGUGUGUGAGACGCGAUGCUAUGUCAGGCCAGAGAACUUGUUUUUAUGCCACUAACAUCACCCAACCUUAUAUUGGACCCUUAGUUUCUGCACACACAAAAAAAUUUACUUUAGCAUGCUAUAUACAAGCUGCAGUGCAACAGGAUGGUAAUGUGAUAAGACAGGGCUGAUGCUCUUCUCUGCCCAAAAGAAAAUUUCCAGAAUUUCACAUUAUUUUCCUUAAAAAAAGAAAAAAAAGAAAAAAAAAAAAAAAAACCAUUUGCUCUAGUAAUAAAAUAUAUUUAUUAAGAUAUAAUUAGAAGCUAAUAAGCUCAGAAGUAUAGUUUGCAUGAAAACACACCUUCUAUAGGCAGGGUUUAUUACCUCCUCACUGGCUAAAAAACAUGAAGCUUUAGUUUUCAUGGACUUUUUUCUUCCCCUUUUAGAUUUCUGAGAAAUUAAAAAGAAUUUACAGAAAGGUACAGAAGUUUCUCUUCAGAUGUUUGAUGAAAAACAAGAAAAAUAGCACAUUUAGUGUUAGUGACAGAGAGCAAGUCUGGAGCACCUACAGUUGAAAAGCAGAAUACAUUUUUGCUCCCACUUACACAGUUAUGUUAGAACAUGGGCACAGGAGGAUUUUUCCAGAUUAAAUAUCUAAAGCCAAUUGUUUGUUCUGUAACUUUUGUUUAAAUGACACUCAUGAAGUUUUUAAAGUCCAAUAGGUAACCAAAGCCAAGUGAAACUAUGUACCACCAACUAUUUCAGAACUGUAGAACUUCAAUGCCCUCCCCUAUCCCCCCACCCCACAAAAAAAUAAAAGGAAACAAAGAAAAUAUUUCCCAACACCCCACAGAGGCUGCUUAUUCCUGGCAAGACAUGCAAAUCAUAUUCGCUAAAAAAAAAAAAAAAA